UCUGUAGCUCCCUAAUCGCCCGCUAAUACACAACACGAAAAAACAAAUACAAUUCGGCAGCGCAUGGUGUGUUUGUGAAUCAUUGCACUUUUAACGGAAUAAAGUAUUAAAAGAAAAAAACAGUGCUCUGCGUAUUUCGUCACUUUGUGGUACGGGUCAGUUGUAGUAUACCCCCGCCUCGCCCCCCACGCAACAAACUGACAAUGAACCAAAACCAACCACAGUUGCCUAAGGGAAUUUGUGUUCUGGAAACACAAGUGGCGGGCCAUUUGUUCACCAACAACACAGCUGCCUUGGGCAUGCUUAAGGACGAGACAAUCGGCUGUGUAUUGAAACCGUUUGGCAAACCCGAGUGUGGGGCAAGGGAGUUGAGUUUCUACGAAAGUCUACAGAAUACCCAUGACCCUCAACUAAAGAAGUUGCAAAAUUUUAUACCUAAAUUUUACAAGAAAAUAAGACUGGAGGUCAACGGUAAGGAUCAUACAUUUUUCCAAUUGGAAGAUUUGACGCAUGGCAUGCAACAGCCAUGUAUUAUGGACAUAAAGGUUGGCAAAAGGACGUGGGAUCCACUGGCCUCACCGCACAAAUGCAAGGUGGAGGAGGAGAAGUAUGCCCGUUGUAAACAAGUUUUGGGCAUUUGUCUACCAGGUUUCCAAGUCUAUACAGAAAAUGGCUACAAAAAGUUCGACAGAGAUUAUGGUAAGAAACUGGAUGCCGAGGGUUUGGGUGAAGCUCUGCGUCUAUUCCUAAAUGCCCAAGAGAUGGUCUGUGAAUCAUUGAUUGAAGAACUGCUGCGCCAGCUAUAUGACAUACGUGCCUGGUUCCGGGAACAAAAACACUUCCAUUUCUAUGCCAGCUCUCUACUAAUAGCCUAUGACUAUGUGGCUUUACAAAAAAGACUGCAAAAUGAAAAGUGCACAGCAUGCCAAAAAUCAAAACAACAACAACAACACUACAUACCAAAUGGCAAUGGCUUGCACAUUUGUGAAGUUGUAGAUAAUUUGGAUGAUGUCGAUAGCUGUUACCCCACCUCACCAACCCACAAAGCAAUUCCAUCAUUUGAAAAUGAAAGCCUCAACACAUGCAGGUGUCUUGAGCGUUACGUUAAGGUUAAAAUGAUUGAUUUCGCACAUGUAUUUCCGUCUGCAAAUAAUUCAUUGGAUAUGAAUUAUCUAUUCGGUUUGGAGAGUCUGAUUGCAAUACUAGAGGCUAUGCUAAAGCGAUAAUACAAAAACAACAACUACGAGCAGAAAAAUAAAAUCGUGCAUAACACAAAUACUUUUAGAUUUGUCUAAGCCAAACAAAAAAAAGAAGAUGAACACCAAUUUUGAUUGUAGUUAUAGGAUAUGUGUAUAUCCGGCCCUCUUUCCAGUACACAAAUUUAGUGAUAAAACUUAAAUGGGUAGUGGUAGUGUUGCCCCACUAUACACCCCCCAUACCGCCGAUGCCGCCGUCAUCAGUAAAGCGUGCAAGACUACUCAUUCAUUAUUCAGUGCAUUAAGACAGUUAUCAUUCGCCCGGCCGCCUGUCUGCCUUCCUGGUUAGCUGGCUGGUAGCAGUUGCUGCAGUACUAUAACCCAAAGUACAUUGAACCCCUUUUUUCAUAAACGUAUUAUUAUAUACUAUAUAUACCUAUUUAUAAAUAUGUAUUUUAUGUCACAAAUUAUCCAAGAUAAUAAGAAAUGAAAAAAAGAACAAAAACAAAAAAGAGUUAAACAAUAAAAGAAGAAGAAAAAAUUACACAACAGUAUAUAAACAAU